AUGACCAGUAACAACGCGCUACGAUUGACUGAUCGUGUAACCUUGGUAGUGGAUGAGUGCAGGUUCAUUGUUGAGCCAGAAAUGUUUAGGCUGCACCCUGACACAAUGCUUGGAAGGAUGUUUUCAACCCCGUUCGAAAACAACUUAACCCGAAUGAAUGAGAGAGGAGAGUACAGAGUGGCAGAUGGAAUUUCAUCCACCAUUUUCAGGGCUGUGCUGGAUUACUACAAGACUGGUACAAUUCGCUGCCCCCCCAGUGUCUCUAUCCAGGAGUUGAAGGAGGCAUGUGACUACCUCCUACUUCCAUUCAAUGCUGCCAGCAUCAAGUGCCAGAAUCUAAGAGGUUUAUUGCAUGAGCUGUCAAAUGACGGUGCCAGACAGCAGUUUAACAUCUUUCUCGAGGAAAUGAUUUUACCUGAGAUGGUGGUUUCUGCCCAGAGAGGAGAUAGGGAGUGCCACAUUGUGAUCCUGACAGAUGAGGAUGUGGUCGACUGGGACGGGGACUACCCUCCUCAUCUUGGAGACGAGUGCCCCCAAGUUAUCCACAGUACUCAUAUGUACAGAUUCUUCAAGUACAUAGAGAAUAGAGACGUCGCCAAACAGGUUCUCCGUGAUAGGGGAUUAAAAAAAAUUAGACUUGGUAUUGAAGGCUACCCAACGUACAAGGAAAAGAUAAAGAGAAGGCCUGGUGGCAGGCAGGAAGUCAUCUACAACUACGUCCAGCGUCCCUUCUUACACAUGUCCUGGGAGAAAGAGGAAGCCAAAAGCCGCCAUGUCGAUUUCCAGUGUGUCAAGAGUAAAUCGGUCACUAACCUUCUAGAGGCCAUGUCCAAUAAUAUCCACGGAGAAGUCGGCGCUUCUGGUGGGGGCGGUGGGGCCGCUAACAAUAGCGGGGUCAUCGUUGCGGGAGGAGGAGGGGGGCCUAUUUUGGGGAAUGGAGUGGAUGAAAGUGGUGGGAGCAAUGGCGGCAACGUGGUGGGUGGCGGUGCUGGUGGUGGUGGUGGUAAUGUCAUCGGAGGUCAUGAGCUGCUCAUGAUGGCCAAUGAACCUUAUCCCAAUAUUAUACCGAAUGUAAAUGAGUUGAAUGAUGUUGAGUGA